AUGCCGAAAGUACGUGCAGAAAAGAAAUCUCGUUCGCACGAAGGAGUCGCAAAGCAGGGUAUUGUAUUCAACAAAGAUUUCGGUCAACACAUUCUCAAGAAUCCGCUCGUCAUCACCUCUAUGUUGGAAAAGGCGGCUCUGCGCCCUACGGAUGUGGUGCUUGAAAUCGGUCCCGGUACCGGUAACAUGACGGUAAAGAUACUAGAAAAGGUGAAGAAAGUAGUGGCAUGCGAAAUUGAUACUCGGCUCGUAGCGGAACUUCAGAAGCGCGUACAGGGCACCCAUAUGCAGCCGAAACUGCAAAUCCUGAUCGGUGAUGUGCUGAAAACGGAACUACCGUUUUUCGACAUUUGUGUCGCUAACAUGCCGUACCAGAUUAGUUCGCCUUUCGUGUUCAAACUGUUGCUUCAUAGGCCAUUUUUUCGCUGCGCCGUGCUAAUGUUCCAGCGUGAAUUUGCUCAACGACUUGUGGCUAAACCGGGCGAUAAGCUGUAUUGUCGGCUAAGCAUCAACACCCAACUGCUCGCCCGUGUCGACAUGUUGAUGAAGGUGGGAAAAAACAACUUCAAACCCCCGCCAAAGGUUGAAUCGAGUGUGGUACGCAUAGAGCCACGCAAUCCACCACCACCGAUCAACUAUACGGAAUGGGAUGGAUUGACACGGAUUGCUUUUCUACGUAAAAACAAAACACUUGCCGCAGCAUUCAAACAGACGACGGUAUUGGCUACGCUGGAAGAUAACUACAAACUGCACUGCUCGCUGAAGAACGUUGACGUUCCGAUGGAUCUCAACGUGAAAGAUAUGGUGGAAAGCAUACUGGAAAAGGUGGACGCUGGCAACAAGCGUGCGCGAACGAUGGACAUCGAUGACUUCAUGGCAGUUUUGCAAGCGUUUAACGCAGAGGGUUUUCAUUUCAGCUAA